AUCAGGCACAAAGGCAACUGGAGCUGAUGACAGCAAUGUCGCUUCAAAAUGACGCCUCGACAGUCAACAGCAUCAAAGCCGCCCAGAAAGCAUGUCACGACGGCGUGCAACCCCUGCCGGGAGGGUAAAGUGAAGUGCGACGGGAUUACGCCCGCGUGCACGAUCUGCAGAUCCAAAGGGAAGAAAUGUACAUAUCGCUCGACCGAUGAUAAGCGGAAGAUACCACUUCGCAUCACAAUCGGCGUUCUUGCCCAGCGCAUCAACCAGCUAUCACGCUAUAUCCAGGAGCAGGGACUGGACGUUCCAUCCAUGGGUGAGCGGGACUUUAAGACAAUGAAAGAUGUCUUCGAGACGGUGGAGCUGAAAUUUGAGGAUAUCAAUGGGACAGGGAAGGCGACAUCGCGGCCGGCGAUAGAUGCCAGUUACGACGCCUUGGAAGCGGCUCUCGCGUCUCAGUCCCAUGAGCUCCCCGAGACCGGGGUCAUCGGGCUUCAGACACCGCAGCCAACCAUCCACGAACCGACGCUCAAUGUUGGUGAGAUGUUAGAACCGGUAUCAUUGGGAUUGGACGCAGCGCAGCCGAUAUCCCAGGACACCGGGAUGUCGGCCUCUACCGCGCCUGUCGAAAACAACAUUUCCUCCCCAAAUGUUGCCUCUGCACUUCUUGAACUCGCUGAUCCCGGCUGGCGACAUCCUCCCCCAGUCGAACCACCGCAUGAAGCUGCCCCCUUGGUCGGGACCAGUGACGAAGAAGAGGAAGACGAAGUGACGAACCAGCUCUCAUGCCGCCUUGGAAAGCUGCAGGUCACACAUGGAGGCCAACUACGAUACUUUGGAUCCACAUCGAACUUCACCUUGCUGGACGUGCUGGUUGAAGUGGCACCGGCAUCUCCCGUUUCCAUCACCAGGGGUACCCAGGAGACUCUCGAGAAUGCGGGCCUGGCUCUCGAUGUGGAUGAGCCUUUUGAGAAGCAUUUACUGCAACUCUACUUCACCUGGCAUGACCCCUGCAUGCAUGCCGUAAGCGAGGAUGUGUUCUGGCGGUCCAGGGCUCAGAAGAUGUACGAGGGGGUGGAUACACCGUACUAUUCGCGCGCUUUGUCUGAUGCAAUGUGCGCUGUCGGUGCAUCCUACGAAUCUAAAUACCACCCGGACCUUGUAACCUUCCCGCGUUCCCUCGCCGAGUUCUUCGGCGAUCGAGCCAGACUAUUGGUGGAAUCUGACCUGGAGACUCCCUCCUUAGCUACUAUCCAGUGUCUGGUCAUACUAAGCGCCUACGAGGCGUCGUGUACAAGGGAUACACGGGGGUGGUUGUAUAGCGGCAUGGCAAUGCGACUCGCCUUCGACCUCGGCUUGCACCUAGACAUGGCGCCCUAUGUGGAACGAGGCACGAUCCUCGGCGAGGAUGCGGAGGCACGCCAGGUUACCUUCUGGGCUGCGUAUAUGAGUGAACAAUUCUGGGGCUACUACCUGGGCCGCCCAACACGAAAUACAACCGGUGGCAUCACUGUUCCCAAGCCCGGUGGAAUGCCGAAUUGCCCCGUUCCGCCGUUGAAGUGGCAGCAAUACGGCUCGCCAUAUCUGUCCAAGAACAUGGCUAAUCUGCCAAAUCCACUUGGCCUGGUUUGUUUCCAGUGGGUAUCGUUGUACGAGGUUAUGCUGCCGUUAACGGAUGUUUUAUACGGCAACUGCGAGAUCUCCAAGCACCGACUGCAGGAGCUGACUUCCAAUACUGUCGAGAACCUCAGGCGAUGGAAAGAGAAUCUCCCACCAGAGCUCAAGAUUUACGACACCGCAGACUUCUUACAACCCCUGCCACACAUACUGGCCCUGCACAUGCAAUACAACCAACUAAUGAUUCACUGCCACCGCCCCUACAUCUCACGCCACCACAUCCAACCGCAGCCCCCGCAAGGCCCCGGCCACUUCCACGCGCGGAGCAUGUGUCUCGAAUCCGCGAUCGGCAUCGCGAAGCUCCUAACGAUCUACGAACGUUACUACACCUUCCGACGCACGAAUUUCCAAAUCGUCUCCUUUAUCUUCUCUGCAGCGCUCAUACUCAUAUUUGCUGUCGUCCCUUCAUCGCGGCAUACGGAGCGGGGAGCUGGAGGGGACCAGGAACUCCUCCUGCAUUUGAGCACGUGCUUUCGCGCACUCGAUGAGAUGGGAAGCCAGUUUGAGAGUGCGAAGAGGACGAGUACGUUGCUGAAUACCUUGCAGCGCGAGUGGCAGGCAAGGAGGAGGAGCCGCGCGGCGAGAGGGGUGAAGAGGAAACUUGAUGCGGUGCAGCACCUUACGGAGCACUCGGUGCUGGGCCAAGGGGUGCAUCCGCAGUUUGAGAGUCCGGAGACAGGGCUUUGGGGUGGACUGGAUGCGAUAACAGAUGGGCAUGCGGCGUACGCGGUGGAUUUUAUUGAGCCCGAUCUAUGCAAUAUCCUGCUUAGUGAGGGGAUACCACGGUCGUUUAUUUAGUCACGACAGCUUUAUCUCUAUUAGAUCCCUUGCCCUGGCUCUAAAUGCUUUGCCAUCCCGCACUUCUUGCAUUCCUCCCGCCCAGGAAUGCCAAAUAGGCCUUGACCCGGCGAACGAUCCCCUUGGGAUCAAGCCCGAACCUGUCGUAGUUGCUCUCAUUGGAGGCGGAGUACCCAUACGAGGUCAUUCCCACACUGGCCGUAACGUAUCUUGCCCACGUAGUCGCCACAUACUCCUCGACACUAACAAUCGGCUUCCCAUCAAGCAAAAACACACUCUCGCGAUACUCCCUCGGCUGCUGAUCAAAUAGCCCAAAACUUGGACAGCUAACAACCCGACACUUGAUCCCACCCUCCUCUUCCGCACCAAACAUCUUCGCGGCAGCAACAACAUGAUGCAAACUGCUCCCACAGCCCACAAGGGUCAAAUCCGCAUCAGCGUGCUCAACAAGCA